AUGUUUGCCUGGUUGAACCUUUUUAGCAAAGCCCCAGAAGAAACAAAAUGGGACCCGAAAACGGUGAGCAUGGAGUUCCAGCAGCCGACGAGCCCUGAUGCGCCGUCGACCAAUCGUGACAGCCAAAAAGCCGUUCGUACCCUUCUUAAGCACAGUGAACUCAUUGCAAUUUUCUUGGUAUUGACUUGA